AUGACAGCUUCCAACCCUUCUCAACUGGCUUGCCUCAACGACGCUGACGGUCCAGAAGACUACGACGAUGAAGACUACAACCAAGAUGUGGAAUCCGUCGCCUACUCGAAUGCCGGCACGAACGUCACUGACUUUGGCACCAAGAAUCUGCAAAAAGAAGAACGUGAGACUCUGGCCAAGAAGGAGAGCCAAGCAGUCAGCAUCAUCCGUAUUGUUGUCUAUCUUGUUGUGAUUCUCGUUGCCGUCACAGUGUCCCUCCUGAUCUACUUUUAUACCAAGAAUGACCAGCAGCAAGACUUUGAAGUGGGGUUUGCCGCCUAUGCCAUGAAGGUGACAGAGUCCUUCUAUGACUCGGUGGAACGCAAAAUUGGAGCCAUUCAUUCCAUGUCCACUCAGAUUACAUCCUAUGCAGUCAGCACUGGAGCAAGCUUCCCCAACGUCACUAUUCCUCACUAUGAACUUCAAGGAGCCAAUGCCCGCAUCCAGGCUGCUGGUGUCAUCCUGUACUUCCUGCCUCUUGUCACGGAUGAAAACAGAGCCGGAUGGGAAGAGUAUGCAGCUGCCAACCGGCACUGGGUCAUGGAGGCCUUUGGCAAAGAGAUUGCAUGGAAGAAUGCACAAGAUGCCAAGUUUGGACUCGGGACCUUUGAACAAGUCAGUGGUGAGGGGAAAGAAGAUGGAGGCAGCAGGAUGCUCCAAAAAACCGGCACAGAUGCAAAUGCACUCGAACAAGUCACACUGGAAGAUGGCUACAACGUUCGUGUAUUUGGGAGCUCUGGUGGAACCCCACAGCCACUUAAUUCUGGACCUUUCUUGCCAUUAUGGCAACUGACUCCUGUUCUGCCCAUUAUAAAUUUCAUGAACUUUGAUAUGUCGAACCACUCAGCGGUGGCAGCUUCUCUCGAUGCUGCCGUUGACAGUCAUCAGAUCGUCAUGAGUCAAGCCCAUGACUUGAAGGACCCAAAUGAUGACACGAAUGAAUCUGAGAGUCUCUACAAUGCUUUCCUGGAGGCUGGCCAAUAUCGUCAUGACGCAGAACUGUUUGAGGGUGAUCCCACCACCAACCUUCUCUAUCCUGUCUUUGACUCCUUUGGUCCCAAUCGCACCCUUGGUGGACUCUUGAUGACUUCUUUAUACUGGAGGUUGAACUUUGAUGAGAUAUUGCCAGACACUGCCAAGGGGAUCACCGUUGUGUUGGAGAACUCACUGAAUCAGAGCUUUACCUAUAGAAUUGAUGGCCCUCAUGUUACCUUCCUGGGCCCCGGAGACAGGCAUGAUCCCCGAUAUGACUCCAUGGUUGUGUCAGAAGAUGUCACUGAGCAUCUGCAGGCAAGGGCUGGUCCCGAGAAUCAAGGGUUUGACGCAGCUGAUCUUAAUGCUGAACACUGCAGGUACAAGCUAUCCGUUUACCCUUCCCAAGACACAGAAGAUGAAUAUGUGAACAACGAGCCCAUCAUCUUCACCCUUAUUGUGGCUGGAGUGUUCCUGUUCACAUCCUUAGUCUUCAUUCUCUAUGAUUGGUUGGUGGCACGGCGGCAAAGGAUUGUCAUGGACAAGGCUGUCCAAUCAACUGCCAUUGUCUCCAGUCUGUACCCCAAGCAGGUCAGAGAUCGCAUGUUCGAACAAGAACGAAAUGAUACUUCCAAGCAGGACAAUCAGUGGAGGCGCUCUGUUGAGAAAGAAUCAAGAGUUGACAAACUUGCCUCCUUGAAUGAUUCCAUCAAAUCAGACACCCCGAUUGCUGACUCCUAUGAAGCUUGCACUGUUUUAUUUGCUGAUUUGUCUGGGUUCACAAAGUUCUCUGCCUCCCGAAAACCAGAAGAUGUUUUCUAUCUCUUGGAAACGCUCUAUCAGGCCUUCGACAAGAUUGCCACGAGAAGGAAAGUCUUCAAAGUGGAAACGAUCGGCGAUUGUUAUGUAGCCUGUACUGGUCUUCCCGAGGCUCAACCCAAUCAUGCUGUUAUCAUGAUUAAGUUUGCAAGAGACUGCUAUUCAAAGAUGAGCCAGCUGUUGCCUCUCCUGGCAGAGAAGUUGGGGCCUGAUACUGAAACACUUUCCUUCAGAGUGGGUCUCCACAGUGGACCUGUUACAGGUGGAGUGCUUCGUGGUCAGAAGUCCCGCUUCCAGCUUUUUGGUGAUACCAUCAAUACUGCCUCCAGGAUGGAGAGCCUUGGGAUUGCUGGCAGGAUCCAUAUUUCUCAAGCCACUGCUGAUGAGUUGACCAGCAAGGGAUUUGGAAGAUGGGUGGUGCCCAGGGAAGACAAAGUGGAAGCCAAGGGCAAGGGGGAAAUGCAGACAUACUUUGUGAGUGUGCAGGAUGCUGCCAAGAGCUUUGACACAACUGUAUCAGUGGACACCUUUAUGGCGAAUGAAUCCGCUACAUUAGAUGAGAGUGAUCAACGCCAAGAUUCUUCAUGCGUUGAGAAUCGUCUAGGGAACCAGUCUCCUCUUGCUCCGUGUCCAGAAGCGAGCAAUGAUGCGUCUGCGAUGUUGAAGACGGAUAUUGAGAUCUGA